AUGAGUGGUGGCUUUCCUCAAGGUGAGAAUCAAGAUUAUGGUCAAUCUAUUCCUAGGCAGGCACCUGAGUACAAGCCUAAAAUUUCAUAUCCUCAGAGACUUCAGAAAGCGUCCAAGGACAAGCAAUUUUCCAAAUUUUUGGAGGUCUUUAAGAAGCUUCAGAUCAACAUUCCUUUUGUAGAGGCCCUUGAGCAAAUGCCUCUUGAUGCCAAGUUUAUGAAGGAGUUAUUGAGAAACAAGAGAGAUUGGAAGGAAAGUGAGACAGUGAGAGCUUUAUGUGAUCUUGGAGAUAGCAUCAACUUCAUGCCUCUUUCAUUGAUGAGAAACCUCCAAAUUGAUGAGGUAAAACCUAACCACAUUUCUUUUCAACUUGCUGACCGUUCUAUUAAAUACCCCCUUGGUGUUGUUGAGAAUUUACUUGUGAAAGUAGGGCCUUUUAUCUUUCCUGCUGAUUUUGUCAUAUUAGAUAUGGAAGAGGACAAAAAUGCCUCUAUUAUUCUUAGAAGACCCUUUUUAGCUAUAGAAAUAGCCCUUAUUGAUGUUCAAAAGGGUGAAUUGACUUUGAGGGUCAAUGAAGUGGAAAUUGUCGUUAAUGUAUUUGAGGCUUUUAAACACCUUGGUGAUUCUAAGGGUUGUAUGAGAGUGGAUCUUGUUGAACCACUUGUUCAAGAAGUGUUUGAAGCUGAAGAGUUUGAUGAUGCUUUGGAUUCCCUUUCUGAGGACAAUUUGCUUGAGAUUGAUGAUUCACCACCUUAG